AUAAACACAAGUUUUUCUACCCACAAUUAGCGAUCAACAACCAUGAGUCCUUUCUUUGUCCUUGGCCUUCUUUUAGUUCUUGAUCUGCUACAAUCAGAGGCUCACAAUGUUGGAGUUUGCUACAAACCUGGAAAGAAUGAAGCAUCCCCAUCAGAAGCUAUAGCUCUAAUCGAAAAACACAAAAUUCCUCGAAUUCGACUCUAUGAACCAAACCAAGAGACUAUGAGAGCCCUUAAGGGAAAAGACAUUGAAGUUAUGCUUGGUGUACCAAAUGCUGAAAUCAUUCCCCUUUCACUUGAUCCUACAAGUGCUGAAUCGUGGGUGCGAACUAACAUUAAGGCUUACUUUCCCGAUCUCAAAAUCAAGUACCUUGUUGUCGGGGAUGCAAUUUCUGCGAACAAUGAUAACAACGGUCUAUCCUACUUCCUCUUAGACACUUUAAACAACUUUCAAAAGGCGCUAUCGAAAGAAGGGAUGAACCACAUUAAGCUCACUAGCUCAUUUGACGUCUCAACCCUUAAGAAUCCAUACAAUGAUCCACCAUCAAAUGUAUCUUUUGUGUUUGAGACACAAGAAUUCAUCGAUCCCAUCCUAAAACUCUUAUCGGACAACAAUUCACCCAUCCUAGUCGAUUUAUACCCUUACUAUGGUCGUAUCCUUAACCCCAACAUGUUAUCACUCAACUCAGCACUCUUUAAGGGAACCGAUGAAAAUCUAUUAUGUCGCCUGAUGGAUGACAUGUAUUCGGCCUUAGAAAAGGGCGGUUAUAAAUCGUUUGAUAUUAUUGUCGCAGAAACUGGUUGGCCGUCAGCUGGUGGAGUCGAUGCUAGUGUCGAGAAUCAAAAGACUUACAUAACUAAUUUGAUUCAAAAUGUCAACAAAGGGUGUCCAAAAAGGCCUAAUAAGCCUAUUGAGACUUACUUGUUUACCAUGUUUGAUGAGGAUGUUCAAGAAGCACCUGAGAUUGAGAGACAUUUUGGUUUGUUUACACCUAACAAAGAAUUGAAGUUUGAGCUUGUUGGAGGAUUCAACUCUUAAUUGAAAAUGUGUAUAAAAAAUCUAUACAUACAUGUAGAUAUUUUGUUGAUUGUUUUUUGUGGAGAAAUAGAGCAAAUAUGUUUUUCAUGUACCCUGUUGGAAAUUUAGAAUGAUAUAUAAAAGUUUAGCUAAGUGUUUUUACUAGCAGGGUCAUAUUUAAUGAUGUCAAUUGACAACAUUCACCUUAUGUAUAAAAUCAUAUACCUAGAAAUAUUAAUGUAUGUGCUGGUUAGUUGGUAGAAGUUUAGCUAUGUGAAUGUAUUGAUUUGGAUGAAUUCAACCCUUCUAUAGCACAUUUUAAAAAGUAUUAUCGAUAUUAUUUUAUUUUGUUCUAAAUCUGCCCCUGUUUAUUAAGUGAUGAAUAAAAAUGGAUUGAU